AGAGAGGGGGUCAGAGCAGACGCGCAGUGCGUUCUCAGGUUUGGAACACUCUCCAGUCCUCUCCGCUGCCAGGAGUCUCUUCACAACAAGCGGGGAAGCGAGCGGGAACCUGGUUAUUUUGGCCCGAGAGUAGGAGGAAAACCUGAGCGCGUCGAAGGAUAUUCGUAAUUAAAUCUGCUGCUUGGUUAAGAGUUCCUGUUUUGUUUUCUCUUUUCGCUGACUGCCCCUGUUGGUCUGCCUGUUUCCCUGCCAUGCGUCCCGUCUUCCUCUGUUGGACUUAAUGCUUUUAAACACUGAGCGUCACGUUUGUGGAGCUUUCAGCUGGGAUGUAGCGGAGGGCAGACCCACCUAAAGUCACUCCACAGGAAUACAGAGACGCUUUGUUUUUAAAGAGCUGCCUUUUCAAGUCUUCUGUUUUCUUGUGGGGUGUUUUUCUUUUCUUUUCUUGUUAAACCAGUUGCCUUAUCAUGACCCUCAUCUGGAGGUCAUAGCCGACCCGUUGUCCUCUCUCCCCUGCACAUCACUGCCCCUCUCCCCAAUGAUGACUAUGAGCUCCAUAUCAGACACUUUAGUAACGUCCGAUCCGUCCAAAUCUGCGUUUUUGGAGUUCGGUGGACACAGCUACCCUGGACACCCUGGACAUCAACAACCUUCGCCAGGCUUAUCCCACAACCAUUAUCCGGUCCACGGACUGCACGCUGUCGGGCCCUCGCAGCACGAUGGGCCUUUCUCCUCCGGUGCUUCCUCUUACGGUCGCCCGCUGGGAUACCCACCCUACCACAGUCCAGUGAGCGCACAUCACCCCGGUGCCUACCUGCCUUAUCAGCACGGGGGUCACAGCGGCGCGCUCGGUCACACCAGACUAGAGGAUGCGGAGCAUGAGAAGCCCACAGCGGUGAUAGAAAAUGGAGAAGUGAGGCUCAAUGGAAAAGGGAAAAAGAUCAGGAAGCCUCGGACCAUCUACUCCAGCCUGCAGCUACAGGCACUCAACCAGCGCUUCCAGCAAACCCAGUACCUCGCCCUGCCCGAGAGGGCCGACCUGGCCGCCAAACUGGGCCUCACGCAGACACAGGUGAAAAUAUGGUUCCAAAAUAAACGAUCUAAAUACAAGAAGAUCAUGAAGAACGGGCCCUGUGGACCAGAGGGAGAACACCUUGCCCCUCCACCACCAGCCUCCUCCUCUCCGUGUUCUUUGUGGGAUAUCAGCAUGGCUGCCAAAGGUGCACCGGUGCACUCAGGAGGAUAUGUGAACAAUUUUGGACACUGGUAUCCCGGACACCAGCAGGAACCCAUGCCAAGAACUCAGAUGAUGUGACAGACGGGGAGAUGUGACGCUUCCGGGACAAAUUGCGGAAUUAUUCCGGCAGGCUUACUGAAGCUAUAUGAGACAAGGACAUUGUUUAGAGUCUGAGCCACUCUGGAGGCAAAAAUAUAAGCAGCAGCUAUGCAAUAAAACUAAAGUGGACAGAUACAGGGGAAACUGCUAAAAUAGCUGUAAAAUACACAAUAUUAUAACAGAAAGAAAUACUACAAUCAGAACAAUUUUCAGACGAGUUGAAUUUAUUAUUAGCUGUUAGCGGUGUGUUGAUGAUGUCUGAUAAACCUUGGAAUAAGGGAUCGACAAAGUGGCUCAGGUCUCAUUUGUAAAAUAUAACUAGCAAGAUAUGAAUAUUGAUAAACUUCUCCGAGACUCAGCUAUGAGGAGUGAAUCAUCAGAUCUACCAGGCUGAGCAGUAAGUGUUCGGUACUUACACAAAGCCACAGCACUGUGUAUACCUGUUUGAAGUGUUUCACUGUCAUGUUUUUGGUGUUUACUUUGCCAGUUGCCUAAUAUCAAACUCCGCAUGUCCGACUCCGAUUCAAAGUGAGACUGCAUUUGUACUGGUGACCACAGGUCCAGGAAGUCUCAGUUACAGUAUAAAUAUGGUAAAUGUCAAAUGUAGCUUUACAGUAGCAGUAGAACUCAGCUUUUCAUUUGUACAAGGAGGAAUUUAGCUUUAAAUAUAUUUUUUUAAAAAUAACCUUACCUAAGUUAAAAAAAAAAGCCUAGUUCUGCCUCCAGAGCAGCUCUGCCUGCUAACACAUUUUGAUAAAGCUACAAGUUAACGCUAUAACUCAAAGCUAAUGCCAACACUGCUUCUGGACAUUUCAGGAGGCUUCUCUUUCUCUUUGAGUUUACACUUGGGCAGGUACAUGUGUAAAAAGAGGGCGUCCUCGUAAAUGUUUUUUAAUGAACACUUUGGUUUUUUAAUGUUAAAGACAGAUCAAAUUAAAACGCAGAUGAAAACAAACGUUCUUGUGAUGCUGACAUUUGUGUGUUUGUGUUCUGUGUAGGAUCCAGUGCAAAAGGCAAAUAUAAAAAAAAGUACUAAUAGCACUUAUAUAGUAUAUAGUGUCAGUAUAAACAGUCAUUUUACUGUGUUUCUCAAACCCUUUCAUUUCUUUUCUUUUUUUUUGGCUCACUGUUUUUUCAUUUUUAUAAUCUACAUAAGUAAAAAAUUGACUAAAUUAAAAUAAUUGGGCUUCAUGCUCCUCUCCAUUCAA